CCCGCUCCUGCGCGCUCGCUCCCUCCCCCGCCGCCUGGGCUGAAUCUUAUUGAUCCAGAAGGUGGCUAAUUAGCCCUUCCCGUCGUGCCUGGGUAAUGAGGCACAUGCGCACUGCACUAAUCAGCCAUUUUUUGCAGGAAACUAAUUAGCAGAAUAAAGAUCCAAAGAGUUUUUUUUCUUCCCAAUCAUCAGAUCUGAGUCCGGGCGCUUCCUGCUCCGGCGACUGCCAGCCCCGCCGCCCGCUCCGCGCCUGCCGCCCGCUCCGCUCCGCGCCCGCCGCUCCGCCCCGACCCGCCGCCGCCGCUGCUGCUGCCGCCGCCCGCGGCCCCCUCUCUCCGGGGGGCUGCAAACUCCCCGACAACGAUGCUGCUGCUGGGCAGCGGCGGCGGCGGCGGCGGCUCCCGCUCGGCUCCGGCUGCUGCCCCCGGCUCCCGCUGCUGCUGCCCCGGGCCCCUUCGCGGAGCCCCGCGCUCCUGCCGCCGCAGCCGCCGCAGCCUGCAUGGGAUCUGUAGCCCCCGCGCCGCCGCCCGGGAUUAAAAGCGCCGCCGCCGCCGGAGCAGCGACCGCGUCGGAGCCGUAGCGGGUGCAAUGAGCGCUCCGUGCCGGCCCUGCCAUGGAAGGCUGUGACUCGCCCGUCAUCCCCGGGAAGGACAAUGGGUGCGGCAUUCCUCAGCACCAGCAAUGGACUGAUCUCAACAGCGCGCACCUCCCUGACCCGGCCGGCAGCAUGGAGCAGCCCGCGGCGGAGAGCUGCAGCCCCCUGGACAGCCUGAGGGUCCCCUUCCCCGAGCGCGUCCCCGAGAGCAGCGCGGCGGGCGCCGAGCCCGCGGGCAAGGAGGUGAGCUGCGGGCAGUGCGCGGCCUCCUUCGCCGGCCUGCAGAGCUACAUGGAGCACCGCUGUGCCGGCGCCCGCCCGCCCCCGCCGCUGCGGGGGGAGAGCGGGAGCGACAGCAGCGAGGACGGCGAGGAGGAGAGCGACGUGGAGAACCUGGCCGGCGAGAUCGUCUACCAGCCCGACGGCUCAGCCUACAUCGUGGAGAGCCUCAGCCAGCUGGUGCAAAGCGGGGGUGCCGGCGGCAGCGGGACUCUCCCCUCGCUGCUCCCGAACUCUCUGCCCAAGCAGGGAGAUCCCUCUGCUGCCGCUCCCGUCUACCCACAGAUCAUCAACACUUUCCACAUAGCCUCAUCCUUCGGGAAGUGGUUUGAGGGCUCAGACCAGACCUUCCCGAAUACCUCAGCCCUGGCGGGCAUCAGCCCCGUCCUGCACAGCUUCCGCGUCUUCGAUGUGCGACACAAAAGCAACAAGGAUUACCUGAACAGCGACGGUUCUGCCAAAAGCUCCUGCGUAUCCAAAGAUGUUCCCAACAAUGUGGACCUGUCCAAAUUCGAUGGCUUUGUGCUCUAUGGGAAGAGGAAGCCCAUCCUGAUGUGUUUCUUGUGCAAGCUCUCCUUUGGGUAUGUCCGCUCGUUCGUGACCCAUGCCGUGCACGACCACCGAAUGACUCUGAGUGAGGAGGAGCGGAAAAUUCUUAGCAAUAAGAACAUCUCCGCUAUCAUCCAAGGGAUAGGCAAAGACAAGGAACCCCUUGUCAGCUUUCUGGAACCAAAAAACAAAACCUUUCAGCACCCUCUCGUUUCCGCAGCUAACCUCAUAGGCCCUGGACACAGUUUUUAUGGUAAAUUCAGUGGCAUUUGCAUGGAAGGUGAGCAGGCCCUCCAGGCCGGGGCGGCCGGUGGAGCUGAGCCGCCGCCGGCAGCGGGUGUCCUGGCCCCCAGUGCACUCCUCAACCUGGGUGGGCUGACCAGCUCGGCUCUGAAGACUCCCAUUACCUCAGUCCCCCUGGGCCCACUGGCUUCCAGUCCCACCAAAUCCUCAGAGGGGAAGGACCCUGGGGUGGCAGGGGGAGAGAAACAAGAGGGGGAUGACCAGGACAGCCUCUCAGAAAAGGUGGAGCCAGCCGAGGAGGUGGAAGAGGAGGAGGAGGAGGAUGUGGAAGAGGAGGAGGAGGAAGAGGAAGAGGAGGAAGAGGAAGAAGAUGAGGAUGAUGAGGGUUGCAAAGGACUGUUUCCAAACGAGUUGGAGGAUGAACUGGAGGACCGGCCCCAGGAGGAUGUUGGGGCUGUGGCAGGCAGUGGCAGCAGCAAAAAGGACCUUGCUCUCUCAAACCAAAGCAUUUCUAACUCUCCCUUAAUGCCUAACGUGCUCCAGACCUUGUCACGGGGCACGGCUUCUACUAGUUCUAAUUCUGCUUCUUCCUUUGUCUUUGAUGGUGCAAACAGGAGGAAUCACUUAAGCUUUAACAAUGAGGGCGGCGGAGCCAGUGUGGCCGAGGGCAGCAGGAGGCUGGACUUCAUCGAUGAAAGUGCCAAUAAAGACAAUGCCACAGCACCAGAACCAAAUGAGAGUGCGGAGGGCGAGGACGGGAGCUACAUCUCCCAUCACCAGCACGCUGGCCCCCUCUGUGAACUUGGGGGUGGGGAGUGCCCCUCGGGGAGCGGCGUGGAGUGCCCGAAGUGCGACACGGUCCUGGGCUCCUCGCGGUCGCUGGGCGGCCACAUGACUAUGAUGCAUUCUCGCAACUCAUGUAAGACACUCAAGUGUCCCAAGUGCAAUUGGCACUACAAGUACCAGCAGACGCUUGAGGCGCACAUGAAGGAGAAACAUCCUGAGCCGGGUGGCUCCUGCGUCUACUGCAAGAGCGGGCAGCCGCACCCACGGCUGGCGCGGGGCGAGAGCUACACCUGUGGUUACAAGCCCUUCCGCUGCGAGGUCUGUAACUACUCCACAACUACCAAAGGCAACCUCAGUAUUCAUAUGCAGUCCGACAAGCAUCUCAACAACAUGCAGAACCUACAGAACGGAGGGGGAGAGCAAGUGUUCAGCCACACCGCAGGGGCAGCGGCGGCAGCAGCUGCUGCCGCGGCCGCCGCCGCCGCCAACAUCGGGAGCACCUGUGGGGCUCCCUCCCCCACCAAACCAAAAACCAAACCUACGUGGCGGUGCGAGGUGUGCGACUAUGAGACCAACGUAGCUAGGAACCUUCGGAUUCACAUGACCAGUGAGAAGCACAUGCACAAUAUGAUGUUGCUUCAGCAGAACAUGUCCCAGAUGCAGCAUAACCGGCACCUAGGCCUCGGCAGCCUGCCGUCCCCCGCCGAGGCCGAGCUCUACCAGUACUACCUGGCACAGAACAUGAACCUUCCCAACCUGAAGAUGGACAGCACUUCCUCAGAUGCACAGUUCAUGAUGGGGGGGUUCCAGCUUGAUCCCACCAACCCCAUGGCAACGAUGGCUCCAUCUCUAGUGGGCGGCGAGAUCCCUCUGGACAUGCGGUUGGGUGGUGGACAGCUGGUGUCCGAGGAGCUCAUGAACUUGGGUGAAAGUUUCACACAGACAAAUGACCCGUCGCUGAAGCUCUUCCAGUGCGCUGUGUGCAACAAGUUCACUACAGAUAACCUGGACAUGCUGGGCCUCCACAUGAACGUGGAGCGAAGCCUCCCCGAGGACGAGUGGAAGGCGGUGAUGGGGGACUCGUACCAGUGCAAGCUGUGCCGCUACAACACGCAGCUCAAGGCCAACUUCCAGCUCCACUGUAAGACGGACAAGCAUGUGCAGAAGUACCAGCUGGUGGCACAUAUCAAGGAGGGGGGCAAAGCCAACGAGUGGAGGCUCAAGUGCGUGGCCAUUGGGAACCCAGUCCAUCUGAAAUGCAACGCCUGUGACUACUACACCAACAGCCUGGAGAAGCUGCGUCUGCACACCGUGAACUCGAGGCACGAGGCCAGCCUGAAGCUCUAUAAGCAUCUGCAGCACCAUGAGAGCGGGGUCGAAGGUGAAAGCUGCUACUACCACUGUGUGCUCUGUAACUACUCCACCAAGGCCAAGCUGAACCUCAUCCAGCACGUGCGCUCCAUGAAACACCAGCGCAGCGAGAGCCUCCGGAAGCUGCAGCGCCUCCAGAAAGGCCUUCCUGAGGAAGAGGAGGACCUCGGGCAGAUCUUCACCAUUCGCAAGUGCCCGGCUGCCGAGGCUGAAGAACCCAGUGAAGAUGCGGAAGGGCCCAAUGAAACAGCUGGUGAUGCUGAGGAACCUGCCAAGGAGCAAGAGAGUGGAGGGGACAAGGACCAGAGUAAAUGGACAGCACCAGCCAGCCAGCCAGAGAAGGAGCUGACAGAGCCUCCAGCAUCCUCCAAGCGGAUUUCGUUCCCCAGCAGCUCUGAGUCACCUCUCUCCUUUAAGUGGUCAAAAACUUCAGAGGAGACCAAAUCAGAGCAGAUGUACCAGUGUCCGUAUUGCAAGUACAGCAACACAGACGUGAACCGGCUGCGGGUGCACGCCAUGACCCAGCACUCGGUGCAGCCCAUGCUCCGCUGCCCUCUCUGCCAGGACAUGCUGAACAACAAGAUCCACCUGCAGCUGCACCUCACCCACCUGCACAGCGUGUCACCUGACUGUGUCGAGAAACUCAUCAUGACGGUGACAACCCCUGAGGUGAUGAUGCCCAGCAGCAUGUUCCUUCCAGCAGCUGCUCCAGAGAAGGAUGGGAAGUCGGGCACAGAGGAGCGGGAGGGGAAACAGUCUGAGAUCUCUGAGGAUGUGGGGAAGACCCUUUUGUCAUCGGACAGUGCAGAGCACAGCGGAGACCCCAAGCCCACUCCAGCUGAUCCGAGCGCUGCCCGGGAGGACUCUGGCUUCCUGUGCUGGAAGAAGGGCUGCAGCCAGGUGUUCAAGAGCUCAGCAGCCCUGCAGACACACUUCAACGACGUCCACGCCAAGCGGCCUCAGCUGCCGGUCUCUGACCGCCACGUCUACAAGUACCGCUGCAACCAGUGCAGCCUGGCCUUCAAAACCAUUGAGAAGCUGCAGCUGCACUCCCAGUACCACGUCAUCCGGGCAGCCACCAUGUGCUGCCUCUGCCAGCGCAGCUUCCGAACCUUCCAGGCCCUGAAGAAGCACCUGGAAACCAGCCACCUGGAGCUGAGUGAGGCUGACAUUCAGCAGCUGUACGGUGGUCUCUUGGUCAAUGGGGACCUCCUUGCUAUGGGUGACCCCUCACUUGCUGAGGACCACACAAUAAUAGUCGAGGAAGAUAAGGAAGAAGAGAGCGACCUGGAAGAUAAGCAGAGCCCAACAGGCAGCGAUUCGGGGUCGGUGCAAGAGGACUCUGGCUCAGAACCAAAAAGGGCCCUACCCUUCAGGAAGGGCCCUAACUUCACUAUGGAGAAAUUUCUAGAUCCAUCUCGCCCAUACAAGUGCACAGUCUGCAAGGAGUCCUUCACACAGAAGAACAUUCUCCUGGUACAUUACAAUUCCGUUUCUCAUCUGCAUAAAUUGAAACGAGCCCUCCAAGAGUCUGCUACUGGUCAGCCUGAGCCUACCAGCAGCCCAGACAACAAACCUUUCAAGUGUAACACCUGCAACGUGGCCUACAGCCAGAGCUCGACUCUGGAGAUCCACAUGAGGUCUGUCCUGCACCAGACCAAGGCUCGCGCGGCCAAGCUGGAGGCGGCCAGCGGCAGCAGCAACGGAGCUGGCAACAGCAGCAGCAGCAGCAGCAGCAGCCUCUCCCUGGGUUCAUCCACACCGAGCCCUGUGAGUGCCAGCAACAGCAAUGCUUUUGCAACCACCAGCACGAGCACUUCAGGCACCGCUCCCAUUCCCAGCCUUCUCAACCAGGUCUCCAGUGACAGUGUGGGAAUUCCUCCCUUGGGUAACACUGUAAGCACUAACAUCUCCUCCCCUGCAGAGCCCAAAGAGGUGAACCGCAAGAAGCUGGCAGACAUGAUUGCAUCCAGGCAGCAGCAGCAGCAGCAGCAGCAGCAGCAGCAGCAGCAGCAGCAACAAGCUCAAACCUUGGCACAGGCACAGGUCCAGGCCCACCUGCAGCAGGAGCUGCAGCAGCAAGCUGCUCUCCUGCAGUCCCAGCUCUUCAACCCAGCACUUUUGCCGCACUUUCCAAUGACCACUGAGACCCUUCUGCAGCUGCAGCAGCAGCAGCAUCUUCUGUUUCCAUUCUACAUCCCCAGUGCUGAGUUCCAGCUCAAUCCAGAAGUCAGCUUGCCUGUCACCAGUGGUGCACUGACAUUGACUGGGACGGGUCCAAGUUUGCUGGAGGACUUGAAGGCACAAGUUCAGCUCCCUCAGCAGAGCCAUCCACAGCUCUUGCAGCAGCAGCAAGGUCAGCUGUCCUUGUCACAGCCCCACUCCAUCCUAUUACAGCAGAGCCAGCAUGCAGAGAAGAAGAAUAAAUCUAUAGUGAAGGAGAAAGAGAAAGAAACCCCACGGGAAAGGGAAAGCACAGAGAGGGGAGACAAUAAUGUUACACUGAAGGAGUCUCUUCCUGAUAACUUAAAGUCCAAAGAGAAGAAGGAGUUUGUGCCAGGCAGCAGUUCAGAGCCCACCAUACUGCCUCCACGGAUUGCUUCUGACGCGAGGGGCAAUGCCACCAAAGCCUUGCUGGAAAACUUUGGCUUUGAGCUUGUCAUUCAUUACAACGAGAACAAGCAAAAGGGGCAGAAGAAAAAUGGGAAGACAGAGCAAGGUGAGAACUUGGAAAAGCUGGAAUGUGAUACAUGUGGCAAGUUCUUCUCAAACAUCCUCAUCCUGAAGAGCCACCAAGAGCACGUUCACCAACAUUACUUUCCCUUUAAGCAGUUAGAGAGGUUUGCCAAACAAUACAGAGAGCACUACGACAAGCUGUACCCGCUGCGGCCGCAGACCCCGGAGCCGCCGCCGCCGCCGCCGCCCCCUCCGCUGCCCCCCGCCCCUCCUCAGCCCGCUGCUGCUCCUGCCAUCCCCACGUCAGCCCCACCCAUCACCUCUCCCACCAUCGCUCCGGCCCAGCCCUCGGUGCCGCUCACCCAGCUCUCCAUGCCUAUGGAGCUCCCCAUCUUCUCGCCGCUCAUGAUGCAAACCAUGCCCCUGCAGACACUACCGGCACAGCUGCCGCCUCAGCUGGGCCCCGUGGACCCCCUGCCCGCCGACCUGGCCCAGCUGUACCAGCAUCAGCUCAACCCCAGCCUUCUCCAGCAGCAGCAGAACAAGAGGCCACGCACACGGAUCACCGAUGACCAGCUCAGAGUCCUUCGGCAGUAUUUUGACAUUAACAAUUCCCCAAGUGAGGAACAGAUCAAAGAGAUGGCAGACAAAUCUGGAUUGCCCCAGAAAGUGAUCAAGCACUGGUUCAGAAACACCCUGUUCAAGGAGCGCCAACGCAACAAGGACUCCCCGUACAACUUCAGCAACCCUCCCAUUACCAGUCUGGAAGAGCUGAAGAUAGACUCACGGCCUCCUUCUCCAGAGCCCCAAAAGCAGGAGUACUGGGGAAGCAAGCGGUCCUCUCGGACACGUUUUACUGACUACCAGCUCAGAGUCCUGCAAGACUUCUUUGAUGCCAAUGCUUACCCAAAGGAUGAUGAAUUUGAGCAGCUUUCUAACUUGCUGAACCUCCCAACUCGAGUUAUAGUGGUGUGGUUUCAGAAUGCCCGUCAGAAAGCCAGGAAAAACUACGAGAAUCAGGGAGAAGGCAAAGACGGGGAGCGACGGGAGCUCACAAAUGACAGGUACAUUAGAACAAGCAACUUGAACUACCAGUGCAAAAAGUGCAGUCUGGUCUUUCAGCGCAUAUUUGAUCUCAUUAAACACCAGAAAAAGCUUUGUUACAAAGAUGAGGAUGAGGAUGGACAGGAUGAUAGCCAGAACGAAGACUCUAUGGAUGCAAUAGAGCUCUUGACUCCAACCAGUUCCUCCUGCAGCACCCCAAUGCCCUCACAAGCUUACAGCACACCUACAUCUUCAGCCAAUGCGACCUCCUCAGCUCUUCUGCAGCUCACGGCAGAGGCAGAUGAUUCCUCCACCUUUAGUUCUAAAGCAGAAGCUACAGAUGAGAAACCAAAGCAGUCUGAACCUCCAAGUACACAGCAAAACCAAACCCAAGAGAAGCAAGUGCAACCAAAGCAAGAGCCUCAGCAGCAACAGGACCAAGGAGAACAAAAGACAAGUUCAGCACACCAAAAGAUUUCACAGUUAUCCUCCCCCUCUUCACUGCAACAGCCACCUCCUCCUCAGCCCCCUCAGUGCUCCUUGUCACAGUCAAGUCCAAGUCCAUCUCAGCUCUCACACCUCUCCCUCAAACCCAUUCACACAUCCACCCCUCAGCAGCUGGCAAACCUACCUCCUCAGCUAAUCCCGUACCAGUGUGACCAGUGUAAACUGGCAUUUCCUUCCUUUGAGCAUUGGCAAGAGCAUCAGCAGCUCCAUUUCCUGAGUGCACAGAACCAGUUUAUCCACCCCCCCUUCCUGGACAGAACACUGGAUAUGCCAUUCAUGCUUUUUGAUCCCAGUAAUCCACUACUGGCAAGCCAGCUGCUGUCUGGAACGUUACCACAGAUUCCAGCAAGCUCAGCCACCUCACCAUCGACUCCAACAUCCACCAUGAACACUCUGAAGAGAAAGCUGGAGGAAAAGGCCAGUGCAAGCCCUGGAGAGAAUGACAGUGGGACUGGGGGAGAAGAACCCCAAAGGGAUAAGCGUCUAAGGACAACCAUUACCCCUGAGCAGCUGGAAAUCCUGUACCAGAAGUACUUGCUUGACUCCAACCCCACACGGAAGAUGCUGGAUCACAUUGCACACGAAGUGGGCUUGAAGAAGCGCGUGGUACAGGUUUGGUUCCAGAACACCCGUGCACGAGAGAGGAAGGGGCAGUUCAGAGCUGUGGGGCCUGCCCAAGCCCACAGACGGUGCCCCUUCUGCCGAGCUCUCUUUAAAGCAAAGACAGCUCUGGAAGCUCACAUCCGCUCCCGUCACUGGCACGAGGCCAAGCGGGCUGGGUACAACCUGACGCUGUCUGCGAUGCUCCUAGACUGCGACGGGGGGCUCCAGAUGAAAGGAGACAUCUUUGAUGGAGCCAGCUUCUCCCACAUGCCACCAACCAGCAGCGACGGACAGAGCGUUCCCCUCUCCCCGGUGAACAAGAGUAUGGAACUGUCACCUAGAACCCUGCUGAGUCCAUCUUCCAUUAAGGUGGAAGGGGUUGAAGACUUUGAGAGUCCCUCCAUGUCCUCAGUCAAUCUGAACUUUGACCAGACAAAGCUGGACAACGAUGACUGCUCUUCCGUCAACACUGCAAUCACAGACACUACCACAGGAGACGAAGGGAACGCAGACAACGAUAGUGCAACAGGGAUUGCGACCGAAACCAAAUCUGCAUCAGGAGCCGGCGAAGGUCUGACUAAAGCAGCCAUGAUAGCGAUGUCCGAAUACGAAGAUCGUCUGUCUUCUGGCCUGGUCAGCCCAGCUCCCAGCUUCUACAGCAAAGAGUACGACAAUGAAGGUACCGUGGACUACAGUGAAACCUCCAGCCUUGCAGACCCCUGCUCGCCCAGCCCCGGUGCAAGUGGUUCAGCCAGCAAGUCUGGCGAGAGCGGGGACCGGCCCGGGCAGAAACGCUUUCGCACUCAGAUGACAAAUCUCCAGCUCAAGGUUCUUAAGUCGUGCUUUAAUGACUACAGGACACCGACCAUGCUGGAGUGUGAGGUCCUGGGCAAUGACAUUGGACUGCCAAAGAGAGUUGUUCAGGUCUGGUUCCAGAAUGCGAGGGCGAAAGAGAAGAAGUCAAAACUCAGCAUGGCCAAGCAUUUUGGUAUUAACCAAACAAGUUACGAGGGACCCAAAACAGAGUGCACUUUGUGUGGCAUCAAGUACAGCGCUCGGCUGUCUGUACGUGACCAUAUCUUCUCUCAACAGCAUAUCUCCAAAGUUAAAGAAACCAUUGGAAGUCAGUUGGAUAAGGAAAAGGAGUAUUUUGACCCAGCUACUGUACGUCAGUUGAUGGCUCAGCAGGAGCUGGACCGAAUCAAAAAAGCCAACGAGGUUCUUGGUCUGGCAGCUCAACAGCAAGGCAUGUUUGACAACACGCCCCUGCAAGCUCUGAACCUUCCUGCUGCGUACCCUGCGCUACAGGGCAUCCCUCCAGUCCUGCUCCCAGGCCUCAACAGCCCAUCCUUACCUGGCUUCACUCCAUCCAACACAGCUUUAACUUCUCCCAAACCCAACCUGAUGGGCCUGCCCAGCACAAGCGUCCCUUCACCCGGCCUCCCCACCUCUGGAUUACCAAAUAAGCAGCCCCCGGCCGCGCUGAGCUCGCCCACCCCAGCACAAGCCACGGCGGCCGUGGCCCCCCAGCAGCCGCCAGCGACGACCCCGCAGCCGCAGCAGCCACCCCCCGCACAGCGCAAGGAGAAGGAGAGCGAGAAGGCAAAAGAGAAGGAGAAGGCACCUAAGGGGAAGGGGGACACCCUGCCAGGGGCCAAGAAGGAGAAGGGGGAGGCACCGGCAGGCACCCUGGCGGCCCCGCUGCCCACCAUGGAGUACGCGGUGGAGCCCGCCCAGCUCCAGGCGCUGCAGGCCGCCCUGAAUUCGGACCCCACCACCUUGCUGACCAGCCAGUUCCUUCCUUACUUUGUCCCCGGCUUUUCCCCCUACUACGCCCCACAGAUCCCUGGCGCCCUGCAGAGCGGGUACCUGCAGCCCAUGUAUGGGAUGGAGGGGCUGUUCCCCUACAGCCCUGCACUGUCACAGGCGCUGCUGGGGCUGUCUCCUGGCUCGCUGCUGCAGCAGUACCAGCAAUACCAGCAGAGUCUGCAGGAGGCAUUGCAGCAGCAGCAGCGACAGCAGCAGCAGCAACAGCAGCAGCAGCAGCAGCAGCAGCAGAAACCGCAGCAGCCCAAAGGAAGCCAAACCCCCGUCCCCACGGGGGCUGCCACCCCGGACAAAGACCCUGCCAAAGAACCCCCCAAGCAAGAAGAGCAGAAGAACGCACCCCGCGAGGUGUCCCCACUCCUGCCCAAACCCCAAGAAGAGCCUGAAGCGGAAGGCAAGGGCGCGGACUCGCUCUGCGACCCUUUCAUUGUCCCAAAGGUGCAGUACAAGCUGGUCUGCCGCAAGUGCCAGGCGUGCUUCGGCGACCAGGAGGCGGCCAGCGACCACCUGAAGUCCCUCUGCUUCUUCGGCCAGUCUGUGGCGAACCUGCAUGAGAUGGUGCUUCACGUGCCCACGGGCAGCGGCCAGGGCAGCGGCUCGUACCAGUGCGUGGCGUGCGAGAGCACGGUGUGUGGGGACGAAGCCCUCAGUCAGCAUCUCGAGUCAGCCCCGCACAAACAUCGAACAAUCACAAGAGCAGCAAGAAACGCCAAAGAGCACCCCAGUCUAUUACCUCACUCUGCCUGCCCCCCCGACCCCAGCACCGCAUCUACCUCGCAGUCGGCCGCUCACUCAAACGACAGCCCCCCGCCCCCCCGGCCCCCCCCGGCUUCCCCCCACGCCUCCAGAAAGCCCUGGCCCCCGGCAGCCCCGCGCGCCCCGCCAGGGCAGCCGCCAACGCCGCCCUUCCCUCCUCUCUCCUCAUCUUCAACGGUUACCUCAAGUUCAUGCAGCACCUCAGGGGUUCAGCCCUCGAUGCCAACAGACGACUAUUCGGAGGAGUCUGACACGGAUCUUAGCCAAAAGUCAGAUGGACCGGCGAGCCCGGCGGAGGGGCCCCAGGACCCCGGCUGCCCUAAGGACAGUGGUCUAGCUAGCAUAGGAAUGGACACCUUCAGAUUGUAAGCUUUGAAGAUGAACAAUGAAAAUGAAUUUAAAUAAAAAAAGUUAAUAACAAACCAAUUUCAAAAAUAGACUAACUGCAAUUCCAAAGCUUCUAACCAAAAAAAAAAAAAAGAAAAAAGAAAAAAAGAAAAAGCGUGGGUUGUUUUCCCAUAUAACGAUGCCGGUGGGUUUUACAUUUCUUUUUUCCUUUCCUUUUAAUAAAAUAAAACUUAAAAAAAGAAAAAAAAAAUCUGUUACAUUUGUCCUCUGGAAGGUACUGUUGGUCUGGGAGACGAAGGCCGUGCUGCCUCCUGGCGCCUGCGGAGCUCGCACCCCUGUACAUUGCCCCGUCCGAUCCCCCGUCGAUAGCACAGCAGAGCCCGGCAGCGCUGUAUGGGAAAGCAGCCCACCUGGAGACAGUUUUAAAUUUCUUGCUAUCUUAGCAUUCAGAUACCAAUGGCUUGCUAAAAGAAAAACGAAAUGUAAUGUCUUUUUAUUCUCAGGUCAAUCGCUCACACUUUGUUCUGUUUUCAGAAUCAUUGUUUUAUAUAUAUAUAUAUAUAUAUAUAUACAUAUAUAUAUAAUUUCUUUUGUUUGUUUUGGGGGUUUUGGUUUGGUUUGGUUUUGUUCCAGAAAAGGAUUUUUUGUUGUUGUUUUUUGGUUUUUUUGGGGGGGGGGGUUGUUAAUUUAAAAUGGGCAGAAAGUAUUCAAGAGAAAAACAAUGUGAACUGCUUUAGCUUUUCGGGGAUUUUAAGGGUAGCUUUUUCUGCUGAAGCCAAUUCCAAGGGGAAAAGUUAAGCACUCCCACUUUUCAGAAAAAAAAAAAAAAACACACAAAGAGUGUUGAGGACUUGGAGCUUAAAAAAAUAAGUUUUAAAACAACUGACUUUCUGUAUUUAUGAUAGAUAUGACCAUUUUUGGUGUUGAGUAGAUUGUUGCAUUGGAAAUGAACUGAAGCAGUAUGGUAGAUUUAAAAGAAAAAAACCCUUUUGUGUACAUUUAGCUUUUGUAUGGUCCAGCUGACGGCUUCUCAUUUGAUGUUGUCUUGUUCAUUCCUAGACAGAUAGAUUGCGAUCCAUCGACUCGCCUGAGCUUUUCUCCCCUUUGUACCUUUAUCCCCGUCCCCAUCCUGUAAUCUUCCACUUAUGGUCGCUACCUUCAUUUCUUAGAGGGUGGUUGCAUAAUUAUUUUAUAAAAACUAAAGAAAGAAGUUCAAAGGGUUUUAGGGGUCAGUAGGAUCCCUUGCAGAAUAUUUUUUGUUGGGGGUUUGAAACUUUUUAAGGCAUAUACAUGCGAUUUACCUAUGUCUGUUACCCUUGUGCACUUAUUUUAUUCUUAUUUUCCAUUUCUCUUUUUUUCUUCUCUUUUUCUUCCCCUAUUUCUUUACUCAUUUUGUAAAUGCUUCAAAGACUCUGUUCCUGACCUCUGAGCAUCGGUUCUGUUUGUGUAAUUAGGCUGCACUCUGUUCCUUCUUUUGAAAAAAAAAAAAAAAAGGUUUUGUUACAUUUUUUUCUCUAAAGAAAAUUCAUGCUUUAAAUAAAAUCCAAAGACAUACCCUUCACCACUGGUGCAGAAUGAGCAAAAAGGAUUCUUUUUACUUGAGAAUUUUGUUUCUGAUUUAAACAAACAAGUCUAAGUUUAAAUAAAGAAUAAAAAAACGUACCGAGGUUGUUAUCUGUGCUUCUUCUGCAAGCAGAGAGACAACUCUUAGUGAGCACCCAGUGCACCCCAGGCAGGUUUCUCUUUCCAAGAUCUCUCAGCGGCAGCACCGGGUGCCAGGCUCAGGGAGGCCCGGAGCCCCCGGCCCCCCCAGCCCGCACGCACCUCAAGUGGCCCAGACUUUGAAAGGAAAACUUUAUGCUGCUAAAAUGUAGAUUUUUGGAGACGUAGAUACUUUGCUGUUCCCUUCCAUAACCAAAUGCCAACAGAAACAACCUCUUUCCGCCACGUUUCCUCUGCCCGAAAGCACGAGAGCCUUCUGCCCACCGUCAUCAUCCUCCUCCUGCUUCAAAAGGGAACUUGGAAGACUGUGAACGCAGGUUCCUCCCGCCGCCUCGGCUGCUCCUCCCCGGGCCGAAGCCGCUCGCCACCUCCGAGAGAGACUGGAGCGUCUGAGCGCGGGUGCGGUUUCUAGCGGGACACUUAUAUUUUUAUGGAGUUUUGGUUUUAGUUUGACGAAAGACUAGAUCCUGAACUGUUGUACAUAUUUCUGACUAGGCUAAUGCACAGUGCAAAUUCCUUUUUUAAUUGUUUUUUAAGUAGUUGAUACUAAAGCGCGAACCACCGGAUGUUCCUCCCGGGACCCAGCUGUAGCAUAAGGUGUCAAAAACAGAACCACGUACCCAUGGAGCGUUUGCUGUUUUAACAAACUGUUUUCUUUAACAGAAGUUCUUGUAUUUCUUCCUGUGUUUGAGAUGAACAUUUUUUAAAUUCUAAAGUUGUACAGUUUUGUUUCCAUUAUUUUAUCUUGUUUGUAAUUCUAUGAAAUAUAUAUAUAUUUUUUUUCUUUUUUUGCCAUUUAACUGUUGUAUGUUACUCUGUCUGUAUCAUAUAGAAAUUUUUUUGUUUUGUUUUGUUUUGGAUUCUCUCUGUGAUGCCAGUUCCCAGUUUAACACAAGCUUUAUCUGUCCAAUUCUGCAAGGUCUCUUUUGGAAAUCCUUUUCUUAUGUCUUGUUUUGUUUUUUUAACUAUAUUGCUUGGUCAUAGUGCAAUUUCUCUCUCCUCCUUCCCCCUCCUCCUACCCACCCACUAAAAGGUUUUAUAAAUUCAUUUCCUUGUAUUUUUUCUAAAUGUUUCUAGAGACUCUUUCCGUGCGAGGUUGCCUCCUCCUCCUCCUCCUCCUGCAGCCCGGCCGCGCGGGGCCGGCAGGGACCCCUCGCCAGCCUGGGCACGAGGAAAACACUUCAAACUGAGCAUUAAGCGGGUUUCUGUUUUAUUUUUAAUAAAAAGCUUUUUUAAGUGGUGAAGAUGGCCAAAGUUUCAUACAGUUGAGAACAAAGAGAAGCAUCAGGGGUGUGCGGGGCCACCUGGGGCUGGUGGGGGACAAGGUGGGUGGACACAGCCAGCACACUCACCAAAAUAUAUUUUGCUUUAAAAAAAAAUAAAAGCUCUUAAAUAGAAGCAGAAUUUGGGUUGGUUGGUUGGUUGGUUGGUCAGUCGGUCGGUCGCUUGAUUGUUGGUUGGUUGGUUGGUUGGUUGGUUGGUUGGUUGGUUGGUUGGCGCUGAUACUGCCCACUGUGAAACAAAACUUUGACUAUUUUUUUGUUUUUAUUUGGGGGGGGGCCAAUUUCGGUAGAACAGAAAGCAUAAAUGAGGUGAAGAGGGUUAUGAACAGCCUUUGCAAUGUACAAAAACUAGAGCAAGUGAAACCAAAAAUGAUGUUCUUGGUGUUUUUCUAUACUGUAGUCUUGUUAGCUUUUUUGUUACUGUAACAAUGCUGAUCUCGAACUGUACCAAAAUACAUGAGACUGACAGAAACAAACCACAUGGAACUUUCAAAACUUUAAAAAACUUGUCACAAAAGAAUUUGUUGUCAUAGUUGAGUUGACUGUAGAUGGUAAUUGAAUAUACUCCUUUGGAACUAUUUCAUCA